AUGACGUCACAGAUUUGCGCCGUGUCUGUGUUUCGGCCAAGGGUUUGUGUUUUCGGAGCGUAUAAAUCAGUUAAAAACGCUCAGUAAUCGCCUGUUUAUCGUCGAUAAAUCCACCAGAAACACAAAUUCAGCGUCUGUAGGCAAAGAGGAGAGAAACCGAGCCUCCAGAAACUUCGAGUUAAUUCCUGCUUUGCAAACUCAACAAAACCACAGAGAAGCUGCACACUUGUAAAGAUGGCGUUUAUUAAAGAGGAGUGUGAGGACAUCAGGAUUGCAGAUGUUUUCACGCUGGUAAAAGAAGAGCCUGAGGAUCCAAUAGGUGGCUCUUCUGUGUGGAAUUCAUGCAGUUUUCUCAGAAACAGUGUGACUGAUUUACUUGAAAGUUGGGCAGAUGAAUUUUCAUCAGGUGAAGAGUUUGAUCCUGAAUCACAGUCUGACUUGAACUCAAAAACUGAACUGCAUUUAGAAAGGUCUAUCAGCAACACUACUGAGAACUCUCUGGAGCCUUGCAUGACCACUGAGAGGAAGUCCUCUAGCCUGAACGUCACAGGAGAUUCACUCAUUCACAAUCUGUCCUCCUCACCUGACUUAAGCCCCGGCAGCAUCACUAAAGCAGAGGAUGAGAACACCACAAUUAAAACAGAAGAGAGAGAUGCAUCUAUCCCAGAGGAUACAGCGAGUGAUUCAGUCUCGUCUUCAAAGGGCAUCACCACUAAAGGUGGUGAAAAUUUCUGUUUUGUUUGUGGAAAGCCACAAAUCAAAAUAGCUCGACAUUUUAAAGUGCAUAAGCAUGAAAACACCGAAAUUGCACGAGCACUCAGUUUACCAGCUCACUCCAAGAAACGAAAGGAAUUGCUGCAGAUGUUGCGAAACAAAGGCAACUUUAUGCACAACAAUGAUGUGCUGAAGAAAGGAUCGGGUGCCCUGAAAGUUAAACGCCGUUCUGUAAAACGAACCGCAAACAAGUACACGUACUGUGUUCAUUGCCGGGGGAUGUUUGUUUGCGAGGUACUCAAGAGGCACAUGAAGAAUUGCUCAGCCAAAAGAGUCCAUCAGGAAGCACUGGGAGCACAGGGUCCUGCUGAAGUGGCCAACGCUGCAAUUCCAGUGUGCUCUUCUGUGUCUGAAUCACACAGUUUCCAGAGUGUGCCUGAUUCACCUGAAAGCCUGGACAAAGAUCUGUUGCUAGGUAACAAAUUUGAUCCUGAAUCACAGUCUGACUUGAACUCAAAAACUGAACUGGAUUUAGAAAGGACUAUCAGCAACACUAUUGAGAACUCUCUGGAGCCCUGCAUGACCACUGAGAGGAAGUCCUCUAGUCUGAACAUCACAGGAGAUUCACUCAUUCACAAUCUGUCCUCCUUACCUGACUUAAGCCCCAGCAGCAUCACUAAAGCAGAGGACAAGAACACCUCAAUUAAAAGAGAAGAGAGAGAUACAUCCAUCCCAGAGGAUACAGCGAGUGAUUCAGUCUCGUCUUCAAAGGGCAUCACCACUAGAGGUGGUGAAAAUUUCUGUUUUGUUUGUGGAAAGCCACAAAUCAAAAUAGCUCGACAUUUUAAAGUGCAUAAACGUGACAAUGCUGAAAUUGCACGAGCACUCAGUUUACCAGCUCACUCCAAGAAACGAAAGGAAUUGCUGCAGAUGUUGCGAAACAAAGGAAACUUUAUGCACAACAAUGAUGUGCUGAAGAAAGGAUCGGGUGCCCUGAAAGUUAAACGACAUUCUGUAAAACGAACCGCAAACAAGUAUACAUACUGUGUUCAUUGCCGGGGGAUGUUUAUUCGGGAGGAACUCUGGAGGCACAUGAAAAAAUGCUCAGCCAAAAGAGACCAUCAGGAAACACUGGGAGCACAGGGUCCUGCUGAAGUGGCCAAGGCUGCAAUUCCAGUGUGCUCUUCUGUGUGUGAUUCACAGAGUUUCCAGAGUAAGAGUGUGCCUGAUUUACCUGAAAGCCUGGACAAAGAUUUGUUGAGAGGUAACGAGUUUGUCCCUGAAUCACAGUCUGACUUGAACUCAAAAACUGAACAGGAUUUAGAAAGGUCUAUCAGCAACACUACUGAGAACUCUCUGGAACCCUGCAUUACCACUGAGAGGAAGUCCUCCAGCCUGAACGUCACAGCAGAAGAUUUGCUCAUUCACAAUCUGUCCUCUUCACCUGACUUAACCCCCAGCAGCAUCACUAAAGCAGAGGACGAGAACACCACAAUUAAAAGAGAAGAGAGAGAUACAUCCAUCCCAGAGGAUACAGCGAGUGAUUCAGUCUCGUCUUCAAAGUGCAUCACCACUAGAGGUGGUGAAAAUUUCUGUUUUGUUUGUAGAAAGCCACAAAUCAAAAUUGGUAGACAUUUCAAAGUGCAUAAGCGUGACAAUGCUGAAAUUGCACGAGCACUCAGUUUACCAGCUCACUCCAAGAAACGAAAGGAAUUGCUGCAGAUGUUGCGAAACAAAGGCAACUUUAUGCACAACAAUGAUGUGCUGAAGAAAGGAUCGGGUGCCCUGAAAGUUAAACGACAUUCUGUAAAACGAACCGCAAACAAGUACACGUACUGUGUUCAUUGCCGGGGGAUGUUUAUUCGGGAGGAACUCUGGAGGCACACGAAAAAAUGCUCAGCCAAAAGAGACCAUCAGGAAGCACUGGGAGCACAGGGUCCUGCUGAAGUGGCCAAGGCUGCAAUUCCAGUGUGCUCUUCUGUGUGUGAUUCACAGAGUUUCCAGAGUAAGAGUGUGCCUGAUUUACCUGAAUGCCUGGACAAAGAUUUGUUGCGAGGUAACGAGUUCGUCCCUGAAUCACAGUCUGACUUGAACUCAAAAACUGAACAGGAUUUAGAAAGGACUAACAGCAACACUACUGAGAACUCUCUGGAGCCUUGCAUGACCACUGAGAGGAAGUCUUCUAGUCUGAACAUCACAGCAGAAGAUUCACUCAUUCACAAUCUGUCCUCCUCAUCUGACUUAAGCCCCAGCAGCAUCACUAAAGCAGAGAACGAGAACACCACAAUUAAAACAGAAGAGAGAGAUGCAUCCAUCCCAGAGGAUACAGCGAGUGAUUCAGUCUUACCUUCAAAGGGCAUCACCACUAGAGGUGGUGAAAAUUUCUGUUUUGUUUGUGGAAAGCCACAAAUCAAAAUAGCUCGACAUUUUAUAGUGCAUAAGCGUGACAAUGCUGAAAUUGCACGAGCACUCAGUUUACCAGCUCACUCCAAGAAACGAAAGGAAUUGCUGCAGAUGUUGCGAAACAAAGGCAACUUUAUGCACAACAAUGAUGUGCUGAAGAAAGGAUCGGGUGCCCUGAAAGUUAAACGCCGUUCUGUAAAACAAGCCUCCAACAAGUACACGUACUGUGUUUAUUGCCGGGGGAUGUUUAUUCGCCAGGAACUCAAGAGGCACAUGAAAAAUUGCUCAGCCAAAAGAGACCAUCUGGGAGCACUGGGUCCUGCUGAAGUGGCCAAGGCUGUAAUUCCAGUGUGCUCUGCUGUGUUGGAAUCUCACAGUUUCCACAAAAAGAGUGUGCCUGGUUUAUCUGAAAGCUGUGAACAAGAAUUGCCAUCGGUUGAAGAGUUUGUCCCUGAAUCGCAGUCUGGCUUGAACUCAAACACAGAAUUGGAUUUAGAAAGGUCCACCAGCAACACUACAGAGAACUUGCUGGAGCCUUGCAUGACCAGUGAGAAAAAGGCCUCCAGCCUGAACAUCACAGCAGGAGAUUCACUCAUUCACAAUCUGUCCUUCUCACCUGACUUAAGCCCCAGCAGCUUUAUUGAAGCAGAGGACGAGAACACCACAAAUAAAAGAGAAGAGAGAGAUACAUCCAUCCCAGAGGAUACAGCGAGUGAUUCAGUCUCGUCUUCAAAGGGCAUCACCACUAGAGGUGGUGAAAAUUUCUGUUUUGUUUGUGGAAAGCCACAAAUCAAAAUAGCUCGACAUUUUAUAGUGCAUAAGCGUGACAAUGCUGAAAUUGCACGAGCACUCAGUUUACCAGCUCACUCCAAGAAACGAAAGGAAUUGCUUCAGAUGUUGCGAAACAAAGGCAACUUUAUGCACAACAAUGAAGUGCUGAAGAAAGGAUCGGGUGCCCUGAAAGUUAAACGGCAUUCUGUAAAACAAGCCUCCAACAAAUAUACAUACUGUGUUUAUUGCCGGGGGAUGUUUAUUCGCCAGGAACUCUGGAGGCACAUGAGGAAUUGCUCAGCCAAAAGAGACCAUCAGGAAACACUGGGAGCAUUGGGUCUUGCUGAAGUGGCCAAGGCUGCAUUUCCAGUGUGCUCUUCUGUCUGGUAUUCACACAGUUUCCAGAGUAAAAGUGUUCCGGAUUUACCUGAAAGCUGGGACAAAGAAUUGUCAUCAGUUGAAGAGUUUGUCCCUGACUCACAGUCUGGCUUGAACUCAAACACGGAAUUGGAUUUAGAAAGGUCUAUCAGCAACUCUACUGAGAACUCUCUGGAUCCUUGCAUUACCAUUGAGAAGUCCUCCAGCCUGAACAUCACAGCAGGAGAUUCACUAAUUCACAGAAUGUCCUUUUCACCUAACUCAAGCCCAAGCAUCAUCACUGAAGCAGAGAACGAGAACACAACAAAUAAAAGCGACGAGAGAAAUAGAUCCAUCCCAGAGGAUACAGCGAAUGAUUCAGUCUCGUCAUUAAAGGGCGUCACCACUGUGUCUGGAGGUGGUAAAAAUUUCUGUUUUGUUUGUGGAAAGCCACAAAUCAAAUUAGCUCGACAUUUUAAAGUGCAUAAGCGUGAAGAUGCUGAAAUUGCACGAGCACUCAGUUUACCAGCUCACUCCAAGAAACGAAAGGAAUUGCUGCAGAUGUUGCGAAACAAAGGCAACUUUAUGCACAACAAUGAUGUGCUGAAGAAAGGAUCGGGUGCCCUGAAAGUUAAACGACAUUCUGUAAAACAAGCCUCCAACAGGUAUACAUACUGUGUUCAUUGCCGAGGGAUGUUUGUUCGCCAUGAACUUAAGAGGCACAUGAAAAAAUGCUCGGCCAAAAGAGACCAUCAGGAAGCACUGGGUCCUGCUGAAGUGGCCAAGGCUGCAUUUUCAAGUACUGUAUAGGAGUGUCUUAAAAUUCCUUCAGAAGAUUAAGAGAUGCCAAGUGUGAAUCAGCAAAACCUGUGUUGUAUUCAGUUAGUCAAAUCUGUCUCCAGAUUGUGUGUCUUUCACCACAAGGAUGUCUGCAAAAGCAAAAAUACAACAAAAAAAUGUUGUCUACUGCUGAACAAAGACAUUGAUAACCUUACAACUUCUUGAAGGUGCUUCGCAUUCAGCUUUCAAAAGAACUCUGACAAUCACUAGAGAUAUAAUAUUCAAUCAACGACAGUCCGAAGAAGUCCCUGAGUACCUGACAUCAACUAUGAAAGCACAUGGCUGCAACAUCACAAAUACUAAAUCUGAAAGAUAAUGAACGAAUGAAUAAUGAAAUAAUGAAAAAGUUUUUAGGGAGAUGAUGUGAGAAGACUUCAAGAGUAUUAUUAGUAUGCCAGCUGCAAACAUUAAAAUUGCAGAAUCUUCAAAAAUACUUUACAAGGAUGAUUUCUCAGUGAAAUUCAAGAUCUUGACAAGCAAAAGAGGAAGAAAAGGACUCGUGAAAAGAGUUUGGACCACCUCAGAAGUCUAAGCAGUCAUGGACAUAAAAGCACGUUGGGGAGUACAUAAGUAAAGAAGUAGCAAGAGAGUGAAUUCUGCAAAAAGAAUGCACACACCAUUCUUGGUUGACUGGCACAAUCAAAUCAAACUGCUGUCUUGCUUGAACAUUAAAAAAAAACUGCUGUUUGUAGUUUUUGUGUCUUGUUAAACCAACGUUUUCAUAUUUUAUGGCAUUAUGUUAACCACAAAAAGAAAAUUCCAUCUUCAUUUCCUUGAAUGAAGUUGUACUAAACCUUGAGGAUUUACUGUUUUUCUUUUUCUGGUCCCCAUCAUAGAACUUUCAAAAAUAUGAAGCACCUGUUUUUUGGAUGUUCAAAUAAUCCAAAUAGUACAGUUGUCAAAAAUAUAUAUUUUUUGACUUUAUUUUUGCGCCCGGUAAAUCAUAUGGGGCUGUUUUUAAACCCUCAUCUAGAAUUUGAUUGUCAUAAAACAAUAGUGACAACACUGAUGACUGCUGUAAAGAUGUAUAAUAUUAUGAAAUAAUAUUGUAUAUAAUAUCUGGUAUGUAAUACCAGACUGUUUAUUAGUCAUUUCAAAUGAUGUGCGUUAAAGGUUUUGUACUGAAAGGUAUACUUACUGAAAAUGGAGGAUUUGGAUUCUGUGUCAACCUAAAAACCAUUUUAACUUGACUUACUUAUUCUUCCAGUUCUGUGUCAUUCCCUUUUAAAUAAAACGUUGUGUCUUGUA